AUGAGUUGCACAAUUGAGAAGGCACUUGCUGAUGCUAAAGCUCUUGUUGAAAGAUUGAGAGAUCAUGACGAUGCAGCAGAAUCUCUGAUUGAGCAAACCACAGCUCUCAAUAAGCGAGUAGAAGCGAUGAAGCAGUAUCAGGAAGAAAUUCAAGAACUUAAUGAAGUUGCAAGGCAUCGGCCACGGUCCACAUUAGUUAUGGGAAUUCAGCAAGAAAACAGACAAAUCAGAGAACUGCAACAAGAGAACAAAGAAUUGCGUACAUCUCUGGAAGAACAUCAAUCUGCCUUGGAACUUAUAAUGAGCAAGUAUCGAGAGCAAAUGUUUAGACUGCUGAUGGCUAGCAAAAAAGAUGAUCCGGGCAUAAUAACGAAGUUAAAAGAACAGCACUCCAAGAUUGACAUGGUACAUCGUAACAGCUCCGAAGGAUUCUUCCUUGAUGCAUCUCGACACAUCUUUGAAGCAUCUCAACAUGGACUGGAGAGGAGGCACUUGGAAGCAAAUCAGAAUGAAUUACAAGCACAUGUUGAUCAGAUAACGGAAAUGGCAGCAGUAAUGAGGAAAGCCAUUGAAAUUGAUGAACAACAGGGUUGCAAGGAACAGGAGCGAAUAUUUCAACUUGAACAAGAAAACAAAGGCUUGAGAGAGAUCCUUCAAAUAACUCGAGAAUCAUUUCUGAACCUUAGGAAGGAUGAUAUGUCUGAAAGUUCAUCUUUGUCAGCAUUAGUGACCAAUAGUGAUCUGAGUCUGAGGAAGAGCUGAAGAGCCUGUAAGUCUGUGAGCUUCUUACAAGGCUCCAAAUGGUGACUGGGACUGGCCUACUAAAGUGAAUGAAUUAACAGAAAAAUCUGUCUCAAGCUACCCUUUAUUUUUUUCUAUAGUAUGUACAGUGCACUGGCAAUGACAUUCUUGAGAUAGCAAC